AUGAACAAGAGAAGCGCGGAACACGAGUCCUUCGAGGCAUACCCUGCCAAGCGGCUGCGGAGUGACACUCUCGACAGCAUAUAUCCCAUCAUUGACGCCGGCGAAGACGAUGCAACGACCGCCGAAACACCCAGCUCAUUUGCGGGCGAUGUCGACUCCCCCGUCACCGUUGCCACGACGCCGCGGGCCAAGUUCCCGUCCGACCUCAAGACGCUGCCGUGCACCUGGCCGGGCUGCCCCAAGACGUUUAACCGGCCGGCACGUCUGCGCGACCAUCUCAACUCGCACACAAACUCGCGGCCUUUUCGGUGCACGUGGGCGGGCUGCGACAAGGACUACAUCGAGGACAAGCACCUGAAGCAGCACGUCAAGGCGGUGCACACCAACGAGCGCAAGCACGUCUGCCAGCGCGAGGGCUGCGGCAAGAGCUUCGUCACCGGCACCCGCCUGAAGCGUCAUCAAGCCGUACACGAGGGCGCCGAUCGUUUCCGCUGCCCCGACUGCGGCCAGAGCUUCCGCAAGAAGGAGACGCUGCACAAGCACGUCCUCAAGGAGCAUAAGGGCGAGUCGCCGCACCAGUGCGCCGAGCCCGGUUGCGACGCCAAGUUUGAGUCCAAGGGCGCACUGAAGCGCCACCAGCAAAAAGUCCACGGCGAGCUCAAGUUUUGGUGCAGCGAAUGCGCCCUGCAAAAGGGACCGGACGGCAGGGAGAAGCACGUCGGCUUCACCACGCACCCGCUCCUGCUGGCGCACAUGAAGCGCGAGCACCAGGACUGCAUGUUUUGCGACUUUACGUCGUCGUCGCAGGCGGAAAUGGUGUCGCACAUUGACGUCCACCACUCGGGCAAGACGGUCGACGACCGCCGCACCUGGGCGUGCGACCACGCUGGCUGCGUCAAGAGCUUCACCAAAAAGUCCAACCUGCGCGCCCACCAGCGCACCGCCCACGAAGGGUUCCGUUUCGUCUGCGGCGAGGUCGACCUCACCGGCGCCGUCGGCCUCGACGCCUGGUCCAAUGCCGACGGCUGCGGCGGCAAGUUCUGCACAAAGGUCCGACUCGAAGACCACGUCCGCUACAUUCACCUGCGCCAGGAGCGGCCCUCCAAGCCGGCGCCGCGCUCCCCCACCACCGACGAUGGCGAGGACAACGAAGAGCAAGCGGCGGUGCUCAUCGACGAGCUCUCCGGCGUCCAGAUGCAGGCCCGGAAGCCGAUUGUCUGCGCGCAUUGCCCGCAGGUGUUUGCGCGCUACUACGACCUCGAGACGCACCUCGCCACCGCGCACGCACCCGCACCGCCUCUCGAGGACUUAUUCUCCGAAAGUGGCCCGCAGAGGCCGUUUUCUUCGGACCUGGGCGGUCUGUUUGGCGGUGUCGGCGGGGCGGGGCCGAUUGACGAUGCCCGCAAUGCCGACGCCGAUGACGACGACGGCGCCAUCUUUGCGGCGGAAAUGCACUACGAGCCCUCGCGGGACGAGUGGCUCGACGACGAGGCGGGCAUCAUGUUGCUGGCGCGCAACUCGCCGGCGUUGGAACCACACAUUGAUCCUGCGCUAGGCAGCGCAUAG